UACAUCAAAAGAAGAAGCAAACCUGUUCAUACAUAGACACCUCCUAUAUAAUAGAUUUGAUUUGGAGCUCUUCACUCCCGGUGACCUAGAAAGAGAAUGCACAGAAGAACUUUGUAAUUAUGAGGAAGCCAGAGAGAUUUUUGUGGAUGAAGAUAAAACGAAGAAAUUUUGGCAAGAAUAUUCAGUUAGAGGACCGACCACAAAAUCAGAUGCUAACAGAGAGAAAAUCGACGUUAUGGGCCUUCUGACUGGAUUAAUUGCUGCAGGAGUAUUUUUGGUUAUUUUGGGAUUAGCUGGUUACUAUCUUUGUAUCACCAAGUGUCACAGGCAACAGUAUCCAGGUUCUUCAGACACCUACGUAAGAAGGGGCAGACACACUCCUUCCAUCAUCUUCAGAAGACCAGAGGAGGCUGUCUUGUAUCCAUCGCCACCUUCAUUGGAAGAUACAGGAUUACCUUCUUAUGAACAGGCAGUGGCAUUGACCAGAAAACAGAGUGUUUCACCACCACCACCUUAUCCUGGGCCAGCAAAUGAUUUUAGGGUAUUUAAAAAGUCUAUGUCACUCCCAUCUCACUAAGCCCUCAUUGUCUUGGUGAUAUAGGACAUUCACAUUAUUUAAGUGGUUCUUUUCCCUGAACCAAAAAAGACAGGUCAGUUCAGCUGUGUAGGACAAACUGUAGGGAGUAAGGAGAAAUGAGCGUGUGUUCUGGAGUUCUGUCAGCAUCUCUGACCUCAAUUGGAUAAUCAGCUGGAUAAGGAAUUUUGUAUCCUUGCAGUGAAGAGAGCAUUGUUCUGUUCAAAAGAAUGUUAUGGAUGUCACAGCUAAAACUGGUGAACCUUCUGUAUCCUUUGUACAGAAAAGGUUGUAGAUUUGUUGUUGUUGUGUUAGUUGCUCAGUUAUGUCCCACUUUUUGCUACCUAUGGACUGUAGUCUGCCAGGCUUCUCUGUCCAUGGAAUUCUUCAGGCAAGAAUACUGGAGUGGGUAACCAUUCCCUUCUCCAGGGGUUCUUCCAGAUCCAGGGAUCAACCCAGGGUCUCCUGCAUUGCAGGCAGAUUCUUUCCUGUCUGAGCCACCAGGAAAGCCCCAUAGAUUUAUUGUAUUGAAUACUAAAAA